UAGCAGCGGAACUAUUAUAAUGUAUUUGAGAUGGUUACCCAAAAAAACCAACCAACGUCUUUCAGGGAAAGAGAGCCACUGUUCAAAUUACAUUUCUGUAAUUCAGAAAAAUAAAGAAAAGAACAAAAAAACAGUUAUCUCAUCCUGAUUGACAAUCAUGUCUUUGAACGUCUCCGAUCCCGCUCUUAUCAAAGCUUAUGAAGAUGUCAGAAGUGACAAGACCGAAACCAACUGGGCUUUCUUUGAUUUUGCAGAUGGCAAGCCCGAUCGUCUUCAAGUGGCAGGCACAGGUACAGGUGGUCUCUCAGAAUUCACAGCGCAGUUAAAACCUGAGGUUGCGGGUUGGGGUUAUGUUCGUAUGAAUAUGAGUAACGACGAAUAUUCUCAACGAGUGAAAUUUGUUUUCAUUCCUUGGUGUGGUGAUAAAGUUGGUAUUAUGCGUAAAGCUAAAUUAUCCAUUCAAAUCGCUGAUGUUAAGAAAGAUAUCGUGCGCAAUUACCAUAUCGAAGUACCUGCUUCCAGCAAACAAGACCUAAACGAAAAUGACAUUAUGACCAAACUUAGGCGCGCAGGCGGUGCUAAUUAUGAUAGACAAAGCAGUAAUUAUUAGACAUUCCAUUCUGCUUUAAGCAUCUUAUUUUGUAUUUUACGGUUGAAUAAAAAGAUACUAUCUUUGUAUGAAUGUAGUUCAUGAUAUAGUUUAUUUAGAUC